AUGAAAUUUGUGGCUUCUUCAUCAAAUACUAAAUCCACAUCCAACAAAUCUGGUAUUGGAUAUGUUCUCACAUUUGAGGAGAAAUUUGAUGAAGUUUACACAAGUGAAACUGAGCCUUCACCAAGAACCGAACCUACUUCAAAUAGGUCAAGUUUGGGGGAUCAAGCUCAAAAUGAUGACGAUACUGCACAAAAUCAUGAAAAUGAAAAUUCUGGACAAGAUGAACCAGAAACAGCAGGUGUAGAAAAUUUAAGAGACAAUUCCAUUUUGUCUCAUGAAUCUGAAGGAGAUCCUGAAACUAGCAGUACCCAGAAUCCCUCGGAAGUCCUUGGUGACCCUUCUUGGGUGAAGGCAAUGGAAGAUGAGCUUCAAGAGUUUGAGAUGAACCAAGUUUGGACAUUAGUUCCAAGGCCGAAUGGAAAGAAAGUGACCGGCACCAAGUGGAUAUUUUGGAACGAGCUAGGAGAGGAUGGUAGUAUUGCAAGAAACAAAGCAAGCAGAAAAAAGGGACCCACUCGUUCUGAAAGAGUGGUUCUUGAUGAAGAUGAUGAUGACUAUGAACCAGAAGACAUUUCUCCUCCUUCUACCACGGGUACUUCAGCCUCCACUGGACAAAAAUUUGCUUUAUAUGAGGUCGUUAAGGAUCUGGUGCAGGAGUUUGUCUCACAAUCAAAUCACAUGAUUGCCAUGAGCAAGGAACAAAGGAGGCUAGCGAGCAAACAUGAGAAUUUCUUCCGGAAAUCAAGAGAUAGAGUGGCUGUGUUCAUGACGUUCAUUGACAACCUUCAAAAGGAUGAAGACCCUGCCACUGAUGCUGAUGAGGAAAUUGAUUCAGAGGGAAAUACUUCUGAUGCUUAG